CUCUUUCUCAAACUUACCCCAAAAUGGCUCUCCCAGCGACUUCCCCUCUCUCAAAAUCCCUUCCAAAAUCCCACUUUCCGAUCACCCGUCCGCCUCCCUUCACCACCGCCACCGCCACCGCCCGAUCGCUCAAACCCAUCUCCGCAAUUCAUGCCGCCGACCCAUCAAAGUCGUCAAAGCCAUCGAUUCUCGUACCGACGAAAUGGACCCUCGAUAGCUGGAAGUCGAAGAAGGCUCUGCAACUACCCGAAUAUCCUGAUCAGGCGGUGCUUGAAUCCGUCCUCAAGACCCUCGAAUCCUUCCCUCCGAUCGUGUUUGCUGGAGAAGCUAGGUCCCUUGAAGAGCGGCUGGCGCAGGCCGCUGUGGGGAAGGCGUUUCUUCUUCAGGGUGGGGAUUGUGCUGAGAGCUUUAAGGAGUUUAAUGCCAAUAAUAUUCGUGAUACCUUCCGUGUUCUUCUCCAGAUGAGCGUUGUUCUUAUGUUUGGAGGUCAAAUGCCUGUUAUCAAGGUCGGGAGAAUGGCAGGUCAGUUUGCAAAGCCAAGAUCGGACCCUUACGAGGAGAAGGAUGGAGUGAAACUCCCAAGCUAUAGAGGAGACAAUAUAAAUGGAGAUUCAUUUGAUGAGAAAUCUAGAGUUCCCGACCCCGAUCGAAUGAAUAGAGCCUACUGCCAGUCGGUCGCAACAUUGAACCUCCUGAGGGCAUUUGCCACAGGAGGUUAUGCUGCAAUGCAGAGAGUUACACAGUGGAAUCUUGAUUUCACCGAGCAUAGCGAGCAGGGCGACAGAUACCGAGAACUAGCUCAUCGAGUUGACGAGGCCCUUGGAUUCAUGUCUGCUGCUGGACUCACUGUCGAUCACCCUAUCAUGACCUCAACCGAGUUUUGGACGUCUCAUGAGUGUUUGCUCCUCCCUUAUGAGCAAGCACUUACUAGGGAGGAUUCCACUUCUGGGAUAUACUACGACUGCUCGGCUCACAUGCUUUGGGUCGGAGAACGAACUCGCCAACUCGAUGGUGCACACGUUGAGUUUUUGAGAGGUGUUGCUAAUCCUCUUGGCAUUAAGGCAAGUGAUAAGAUGGAUCCCAAAGAAUUGGUGAAGCUUAUUGACAUCCUAAAUCCCACGAACAAGCCUGGAAGAAUUACAGUGAUAGUAAGAAUGGGAGCUGAGAACAUGAGAGUGAAACUUCCACAUCUAAUCAGGGAAGUUCGCCAAGCUGGUCAAAUCGUCACUUGGGUUAGCGAUCCGAUGCACGGGAAUACAAUCAAAGCUCCCUGUGGACUAAAAACGCGUUCGUUCGAUGCAAUAAGGGCCGAGUUGAGAGCAUUUUUCGACAUACACGAUCAAGAGGGAAGCUACCCAGGAGGAGUUCAUUUGGAGAUGACAGGACAGAACGUAACCGAAUGUGUUGGAGGCUCACGAACUAUAACAUAUAACGAUCUAAGCUCACGGUACCAUACGCACUGCGACCCCCGACUCAAUGCAUCUCAGUCUCUAGAGCUUGCCUUCAUCAUCGCCGAGCGGUUGCGAAGAAGAAGACUCAGAGCAGGACAAGCUCCGGGAGGUUUCUAACAACAACCGAUAACAGUAGCCUUCGUUAAAUCGUUAAAUCGUACGUAGCUAAAAUGCAUUCGGAACAUAUCUAUAUACGUUUUGGUUAGUGUUACACAUUACAUCUUAAAAUGGUGUUUUGAGUGAACAUAAUAAAAUGCAAUAAAUAACAAUUUAGUCGUACAUAUUUUGUC